UCGCAAAUUUCAGGUAAAUAACGCGAAAUACUUAUAGGACAUUUCUUAACCUCCGAACGUGGUGCGUACACGAUUUUACGCGUUCUGGUGUCCGGUAGGUACAAGUCAAUAUUGCCGUUCGCGCGGCCUUCAAUUCCGAAUGUUCACUUUCCGAGCACCAGCCACGUAAAAUUAUUUCACGACGUAAGGACAUAUGUUUUUGCUUUGCUAAUUGUUAAAAAAUUAAUUUUAAAAAAUACGUAAAUUAUUUUUAAAGUUUUAAAAUUUUUUAACAAUGGCUGUAUAAUAAGUAGCUAUUAUUGUUGUUAUAUUCAAUUUACAGCCAUUACAGUCUAUACGUCCAUAGUGAUGACUCAUUAUGUAGUUGAUGCACACGACAACAAAUCAAUUUUAUGCGUAUUUAAAAUAUAUCUUAUGUACUCCAAUAUGUAAUCAAUUAAUACGUCAGAUGCCAUAUCGACUAUCGAAUGAGUAGUAAAAUAAAAAUAACCAGGGGUAGGGACACCUGAACCACGGACACCAAUAACCCUUAAGUAUUAUUUACACUCUUAGCAAACAUUGUCGCAAAAAUCGUUGGUAUAGUACUUAGGGUAUAGCUUGUCAGGACAAAAAUUGGUCUAGGACAUCUUGUCUGCUGUACUUGUAAACAAGUAUAUAUAGCAACUGGCAACAAUUAUAAAACAAGACUAUACGUACAUACACACACAUCACAUUGCAAAUGUACUUCUAUUGUCUUGUCUAUUAUCACAGUUCAGAUCUCGAGUAAAUUUGAUGUAAUGUGUCCCUAUAGGUAUAUAGGUAUACAGAAGUAAGUAUACUCAUUCUAAAGUGGUAAACAUAAACAUAACAUACGUCACACAUACGUUAUCUGACGAUCAGUAUGUAUGUACACUCGCGCGCGCGCAAAACCACACAAACUACACAGUUACACACACACAGAAAGAGAGAGAGAGAGAGAGAUGUCCCAUGUCCCAGACCCCAGACCCGCGCUGUACUCAUACGGAGUACGGCUGAAAAUUAAAAAGUACGAGUUACUUAUUACUUACGCAAAUGAUGGGAUGAAUCAUCAAAAUUGCGGUCCCGGAAGAGGUACACGUGAUACAGACAGACAAUAUAAGUAGAUACAAUAUUCCGCACUAACGCGUGGUCAUACAAAAGAUAAGAAACUUCAGUGACAGGCAACUGUGUCAAGUGCACGAUGUGUUUGGAGACUCUCGUUGAGGUUUCAGGCUAUUUAAUGAAAUGGGCUAUUUUGGAUUGGUAGUUUUGAUCCUGGUGCUUGUAGUUACUGACAGCAGAGCAGAGUUUAGAGUAUCACCACACGAUUUAAGAGUAGUUAUCAAUGGCUCAAACUCAUUUUUGCUGUAUUCAACAGAAAAAAAUAGAACACAAGACAGCAAAGUGGUUUUUCAACCAGAGCAUGUUGAUCUAGCCAGAACCGAACCAGAUGGUUUCUUCAUAAAAAACGAUGAAUACAAUUGGACCAUCAAAGUUAUAGGACUCGAGCCCGGUCAUGUUCUAAUAAAUGUAAAUAUUUCAGAUGCUCAUCCAUCAGACAUCUCAGAAGCAUUUGUGCGGGUUACAGUGGAGAGGUCGGAAGCUUUGUACCAUAUCAGCUCAAUCGUCGGUUGGGUCUACUUCUUUGCAUGGAGCAUAAGUUUUUACCCUCAAAUAUGGAGCAAUUACAAAAGGAAAAGCGUCGUAGGGCUGAAUUUCGACUAUCUAUCUCUGAAUGUGGUUGGCUUUAUUAUGUACUCGUUGUUUAAUUGCGGAUUGUAUUGGAUACCAGAGAUAGAGCAACAAUACUUUAGCUCACAUGAAAAAGGUCUGAAUCCAGUUCAGCCAAAUGAUAUUUUUUUCUCGUUGCACGCGGUCGUUGCAACCCUAGUAACAGUAUUCCAGUGCUUUAUUUACGAGACAGGUAACCAGAAAUUGUCAGUGACAGCUCUGAUAAUUCAUGGCAUUUUUGUCAGUUUUGUCACAACGUCAUUGAUAUUCGCUCUGCUGCGUGCCCUUCAGUGGCUGGAGUUCCUUUAUUACUGCAGCUACGUCAAACUCGUGAUAACGCUAAUUAAAUAUAUACCUCAAGCAUUUUACAAUUAUAAAAGGAAAUCAACCAUUGGCUGGAGCAUAGGAAAUAUAUUUUUAGAUUUCACCGGUGGUGUAUUGUCCAUGCUUCAGAUGAUUUUGAAUGCCCACAACUAUGACGACUGGAAAAGCAUUUAUGGAGAUCCAACCAAAUUUGGCCUGGGAUUUUUUUCGGUUGCAUUUGAUGUAUUUUUUAUUGUCCAACACUAUGUGCUAUACAGAGACCGAAAUGACUACUCCAUCAUUCCAGGAAAUUGUCAAGAAAAUCGUGAAGAUGAAGCAUCCAGCUGUUAUGUAUGAUAGAAUGCCAUCUUGUUACAGUGUAAUUUUCAUC